CGUCCAGCAACUGAUUGGUCAUACGGAAGAAAUUUUCCCUGAGCCGCAAGGUGAAGGCUCCACUUUGAAGCAAGAGCAUCCAAGGUCCCCCCACAUUAAAGAGGAAGAGGAGGAAUUUGGGAUAACUCAAGAAGCUGAUCUCACCAAGUUGUCAUUGACUGUUGUCUCUGUGAAGACUGAAGAUGAUGAAGAGAAACCACAAGUGAAAAAUCUCUUAGCUCCACUGUCAGAUAGUGAGGCUGAAGACGAGGUUGAAGUAACUUUGAGCAGCGAUACAGACUGUGAAGGUGAUAUGAGGACUCACACUGACAACAAACAGUCCGAUUGCUCCAAAAAAAAGAGCGGUACAAAAUGUUUCAGUUGCUCAGUUUGUGCUAAAAGCUUUACACUAAAGAACACUUUGACAGUACACAUGAGAACGCACACAGGAGAAAAGCCUUUCGAGUGUUCAGUUUGCGGUAAAACAUUUUCUCAAAAGAUCAAUUUGACAGCACACAUGAGAUCACACACAGGAGAAAAACCAUUUAAUUGUUCAGAGUGCGAUAGAAAUUUUGCUUACAAUACCCAUUUAACAAACCACAUGAGAACACACACUGGAGAAAAACCUUUCAUGUGUUCAGUUUGUGGUAAAAGAUUUUCUCGCAAGAGUGAAUUGGCAAUACACAUCCGAACACACACUGAAGAGAAACCAUUCAAUUGUUCAGUUUGCUCUAAAAGCUUCUCCCAAAAACCAAUUUUGACUGAACACAUGAGAAUACACACAGGGGAAAAACCAUACAAAUGUUCAGUUUGUGGUAAAAACUUCACUCAAAAACAAACUUUGACAACACACAUGAGAACACACACAGGAGAAAAACCAUACAUAUGUUCAGUGUGUGGUAAAAACUUCUCUCAAAAACAAACUUUGACUACACACGUGAGAGCACACACAGGAGAAAACCCAUUUAAUUGUUCAAUUUGUGGUAAAGCAUUUUAUCGUGAACUCAAUUUGACUAGACACAUGAGAACACACACAGGAGAAAAACCAUUUAAAUGUACAGUUUGUGGUAAAAAUAUAUCUCAAAAGGCUAAUUUGGCAGCACACAUGAGAACACACACAGGAGAGAGGCCAUUUAAAUGUUUAGUUUGUGGUCAACAUUUUUCCCAAAAUAUCCAUUUGACUGUGCACAUGAGAACGCACACAGGAGAAAAACCAUUCAUGUGUUUAGUUUGUGGUAAAAGAUGUUCUCGUAAGAGUGAUUUGACAACACACAUGAGAACACACACAGGAGAGAAACCAUUUGAUUGUUCGGUUUGUGGUCAAAACUUUGCCCGAAAACUAUAUUUGACUACACACAUGAGAACACACACAGGAGCAAAAACAUAUACAUGUUCAGUUUGUGGGAGAGGUUUUUCACGCAAGGAAAAUUUGACUGGACACAUGAGAACACACACUGGAGAAAAACCCUUUAAAUGUUCAGUUUGUGGGGGAAACUUUUCUCUCAAGACUCAUCUCACAGGACACAUGAGAACACACACUGGAGAAAAAAGCCUUUAAUUGUUCAGUCUGUGGGAAAAGCUUUUUUUCCAGGUGAUGUAUGAGGUGACACAAUGGAAACACACAAUAGAAAAAAACAUGUUCCACACGUUUUUUGUUUGAUUGAAACUUUUAUUAGUAGAUUGCACAGUACAGUACAUAUUCCGUACAAUUGACCACUAAAUGGUAACACCCGAGUAAGUUUUUCAAGUUGUUUAAGUCGGGGUCCACGUAAAUCAAUUCAUGGUUCGUGGCGUCAGAAAGAUGCCAGACAAUAAAAAACAUGUUCCAUAUGUGGCGUCAGAAAGAUGCCAGACAAUAACAUAUAUGUUAAGAUACAAAAACAUACACCCGUUUGUGUUCAAAGCUGCACUAAAAAGAGCAAAUUGUUUGAUCGCAGGAGAAAAACCCUUUAGUUUCAGAGUUCGUACAAUAGCUUUUUCUGAAAAAAUAGGCACAACAUGUAUGGUGUUUCAGCAUGUGUCGAAUUAAAUUUGUUAGUGCUAAAAUCUUUACAUCAAACUAAACAUUCAAGCAAUUCUUUAUACAGUCGGCAUUUUAAUGUGUUAACUUAGUUGUCUUCUGAGUUCAUCUGUAACAGAAAAAAAAGCAUUAAAUGUUUUUUUCCCUCCUGUGAGUUCGACUGAUGCUAAGAACAGCAGCUACACAGCUUGGAUUGGUUCAGAACAACAUGGAUGGGGUUUCUCUCACCUUCCUUUUGGAUUACGGAAGUGUUGUGUUCGUGUUGUGUCAAUCUUGUGUAAUAGUGUUGUAGUUACAAAGUAUCCCUUAUGUUCAACAACAUUUACUUCUGUUUUAUUACAGAAAUAAAAACUCAUGUGACACAAACAUAAGCGUAGUAAACAUGUAGUGUGUCAGAAUAAUUGUCACAAAACUUUGUGUUUCCAUGCUUUCCCGGCGAGAAGACAAAAGCUGUCUUUGAUCUUACCAAGCAAAAGGCUUGUAAAACUCCACUGUGGGAAGCGACAUGAAGGUGUCGGUUUCUUUUAACUAUUGUAAUCCACAGGAAGAUCUAGUCUUGACCCGAGAUCUACAAAGC